CAACCAAAACUACUCAGCAGCACUAUACACUGUCCACACCAUCUUUCUCUCUUUCACACUCACCAAUGGCUCCCAUCCCAAAACUCAUUCCUUUCCUCUUCUUAACAACCCUUUUCUUCUCCCUCCAACUCAAUGCCAGAGAAAGCCAGUUCUUCAGCAAAGUCACCCCUCUCAACAACAACCUCAAAGAGACAGAGCUUACCGAUAAUGAAGGCUCACUUAACAAACCAGAACAACAACAGCCAGUGUUCAUUCCAGAAACAGAAAACAGCUAUGGCCUGUAUGGUCAUGAGACUGGUCUGCACCCUCCCACCACUACAACAACUAAUGCUGCCCCCAACACCACUCCCACCACCUUCAAGCCAUACAAAACUACCACAACUGAGGAGGACAACGCCAACAAGUUCCACAGCUUCAAGAAAGAUGCCUAUAACACCAACCAAAAUGAACCGAGUGAAACAAGACUCACCGGCACUUCUUUCAACAACUACUUCUACAGCGGCAAGGAUGCUUUUGAAAAGCAGAAUGAAUUCAGUGACACAAAGUUUGCAGAAGGAGGAUACAGCUCCACGGAAAAUCAGAACAACAAUAACUACUUCUACAACAGCAAUGAUGGUUUUGGUAAGCAGAGUGAAUUGAGUGACUCAAAGUACGCUGAAGCAGGAUUCAACUCCAAGGAAAAUCAGAACAACAACAACUACUUCGACAACAGCAAGGAUGCCUUUGGUAAGAAAAAUGAAUUCAGUGAUACAAAGUAUGCAGAAGGAGGGUACAAGUCCAUGGAAAAUCAAAACAGCAACGACAAUGCUGCCAACGAGAGAUAUUACAACAGCAACAACAACAACCACAAUGCUGCCAACGAGAGAUACUACUACAAUAAUAACAACAACGAGGCUGCCAACAACAGGUACUACAAAACUAAAGCUGUUAACAACAAUUACAAUGGGGAGAGGCAGGGUUUAAGUGAUACGAGGUUCGUGGAGGGUGGAAAAUACUAUUAUGACCUUAACUCUGAGAAGUACAACAACCCAACACAAUAUGGCGGUUCAUCCAGGGGAGUGAACUCCGAGCAAUGGUACAACAACAGGGGUUACUUUGGCAACAACAAUGUGAACUCCUACGAGAAUAAGAACUCCAUGGAAGGUUAUCAGAACCAGGAGCAGUUUGAAGAUGAGCAGGAGGAGUUCGAGCCUUGAGCUUCAGUCAUCAGUGUCACAGUGAAGAGUUAAUUUUGCUUUUGAUUUGGAGUAUUCACAGUCGGUGUGGAUGAUCGAUGUUUUACUGUGCUUUACAUUAUAAAUUACAAAAAGUGUUAAAGGGUAAUAAUUUAUUUAGGGGUUUUACUUGGUGGUAAUCUUAUUAAAUCUUGCUUUUGGAAUUGCACAGUCUAUGUAAUGAUUCGGAAAUAUGGCAUGUAGUAUCAAAGCAUGUGUAACUUUUGCUA